AUGGCGACUUGGGAGUCCAAGCUGGACCGCGAGAGGCUCGAUAGGGAUCGCGAGAGGAGAGAUGCAGACCUGGAGAGAGAGCGACAGGCUUUCUAUGCUGCCCCUCAGCCCCGUGCACCUCUAAGUCAUGGCCACCAUCUCCAUCAUUCCCUGCAGCCAUCGAAUGGCCAGGCCGGCCAGAAUGGACAGUCGGGCCUCCAGCCGCCCGGCCAGGGUACAGAGAUGGGCAACCAUCUCGCCAACAUUUACAACUCUGUCCUGCCCAGAAGACCAUCGGGUUCUCCUUCUGGCGCGAGACAAGGACCAGAUUCCAGCUUCAUGACGGACCAGCACAGGAAUCAGGACCAAGGCGCUCGUCAGGAAUCCCACUCCGGCAUGCCUGCUUCCUCUCGGUCAGUACAGCCCGAACACGCAGACGUCCGACCUUCGUCUCAUUCGCCGGGGAGCGGGCAUGGCCACGUCAACGCGUACUCAAAUGGUCAACGGGCAAAUCCAAUGUCGAUGUCCUCGCUCCUGUCUGCCGAUCCCGACUCGUCACGCUCGAAAGCACACGAUGCAUAUGCCCCGAGCAAGCCAAAGGAGAUAUCCCGCGAGCUGAAGGAAAAGCUCAAUCCGGCCAGUAUGACAAUUCCACCCUUUCGCCAUCCUUCUGCCGGCGGAAACCCGCCUUUUAUGGGCGAUAGGGAACGUGAUAGCAAGAUAAAGACCGAGUCUCGAUCCAUGCUUGACGGGCUCAGGGGACCGCCACUCAAUGGUCUCAACGCGCCACACGCGCAGACUGGCAAAGGCCUCAAUUAUCCUAGCUGGAACACUCACAGUGCAGCGGGCUCGCCGUCUCGACAGAUCGGUCAGACUGAUCCUCCAGGCUUCGGGAGAGACCGUCAAGCCGAAAGGGACCCUCAGAGAUCAGCCACGCUCGAGAGAUCGCCCUACAAUCCGACGAGCUCGCAAAAGAGGAGAAAGCCUUCGCCUUCUGAGCCGAGACAACAUCAAUCGCCUGUACAGCCGUCUCGCCACACGUCCCAUACCCAUUUGCAACCUCAUGACGAGUACAACGCCUACGGCAACAGCGGCUGGUCUAAUGCGCCUUCGCCUCAGCAGCAGCGAGAUGCUGCUUUCUCAUCCGCGCAAUUCAAUCCCCAGCAAAGACGCAGACAGAGCUCCUUUGAUCACACCACAAACCUGACGAGUGAAGGGCGAGCAAAAGCGGGCAGGAUAUCGCCUAACCAGAUCAUCAUGCCCAGCUUGCACAGGAAUGCCGAGACGAUGAAUCAUAGCGAUCAUGGUAGGCAUGUCGGUUCCAGCGGGCACCACCGAUCGGCUUCGAUGAACCAACCUCAGCAGAAUGUAUACGGGCAAACUCAAACGCAAGGUCCAGCACCACCGAACUGGACGACUUUGCCGCCGCUAGCUCAGCCGCAGAUGGGCGUCUUACCCAAUGACUAUUUCAGCUCCGACCCACAACGGACAAGCGAGCCUCAACAGCGCAACAGAGGACCGCAUUCGUAUCAUGCCAUGGGACCUACAGUCUACGCAGAAGAACCGAUCGGUCACGGGCACUCACGCUCGGCUUCCUGGCAUCAGCGUCACGGAAUGGCCAAUCAGAUGCAACAACGUCACGACGAUCAUCAUUCGUACGGCUAUGCUCCGUCCCAGUCUUCAUUGCUCGGUCAAUCUUUCGAGCCUGUGCCGGUCGGCUCGCUCGAUCAGCGUAUGGAGUGGUCCAACAGAGUCUCCAGCUCGAAGAGAGACCAUCGAGACAGGGAGAGAGAUAGUCAUCAUGGCUCGCCGAGUCACUCGAAUCACAAGAGGAAAAGGAGCGAUCAUCCGUCGAAUACUGCUUUUGCUCACUUGCCACCUCAUGGUCUGCCGCCUGCUUCUUAUACUACACCGCUUGUCGAGCCUGACCAUCCGAUCGAUCGAACCGAGCCUAGACCUACAUCACCGCCUGUACAGAAGCGAGAAGGCCCGCUUUACACUGUCGGAGAUCUCGAGAAAGCGCGAUUACAGCCGCCGCUGUUGAGGGUAGACAAUCAAGCCAUACUGGACGCCAUGGCUGCCGUAUCGAGCUCUACGAACGAAACACCCCAUCUAGGUAGCUAUCGGUAUUCGCCAUUUGUGGGCACAGCGGAGAUGUUGCCUGCUGAAGUCUUGCAACGCUUCGUCGGGGGUCGAUUCGAGAUGAUCAUCGAUACCUGCUGGCUCAACAACGCCGGUCUCUGGUCCGUCUCUGUUCAAGGAACUCUGGACGCACCACAGGAAGCAGGGAGCGUGAUCGCAAGCGGUGGAGAGAAAGUGAAGCAGGAUUGGUCAUUCUGGGAUCUCAAGAGUAUCAGGGAAUGUCAAGUUUGGGGAACGGAUGUCUAUACUGACGAUUCUGACGUUCUGGCAAUGUGUCUUCACUCGAAUUGGCUCAAGUUCUCAGACAGUCCCGUCAGUGAAUCGGCAAGCAAAAAUCACGAAGCGAUUGCGGUGACCGUGCGGGUCGCGCCAAGGCUAUUGGUCUAUGCUGGCAGCUUACGCAAUGGCCUGCAAAGUCGGAGCUGGGGCAACAGUCACGAUGGCGUCAGUCUCUACAUUGAGUCGAUCAAAGCCACUCAGGACCGACGAGCGGGGCGGCGAAGAAGCAAGGCAUUCGCUCAUCUGGGCGAGUCUGCACGAGGCAGAAUCCGGCUAGGCUUUGGAGGGCCAGUGGAAGUGAUACCGGAUGCUCUUGCUGUAGCUUGA